CUAAAUUUAUGGAAUGGUAGUAGUAGAUUCUAACCGUUAAAAGUUUCAAGCUUGAAAGAAAAUUAUCCCAUAAAUUAGGGUUUGAGAGAGCAAAAUCGAGAUUCCUGUUUAAACUCUGCAAAUCGUAAAUUUGAUUUAACUAAUUUCAUCUCUCAGUCACUUCAAUUUUCAAUGUACCUCACAAAAAGAAAUACAGCGAAAUCCCUAAAAUCCCCAAAGAGCUACACAUCACCUCUAUAUCGCCGAAAUAUUAUCCUAUUUCCCUCAAAUCAUUCACUCCAUGUACAUUUCCCGCCAAAACCCCCAAUCUUUGCAUCAUUACAAAGAUGCAAUUUUGUCAGCGUUCCAGAGAGGGAUGCAAAGGUGCAAUUCGUCAAUGUUUCAGAGAGGGCGGUAACUGUUUGUGAAAAUGCCCAAGAGAAGCUCCAGGCAGAUGUUGAAACCUCCCAACAAGCAGAAGUGAUAUGCAAGCUAGUAUCCGCCAUUGGGAAUUCUCGUGAUGUAGAAGCUGCUAUGAACUCCGCUACUUCCACUGAUUGUCUGUCUCCAAAUGUGGUUCUUGAAGUGUUAAAGAAAUUAAACAAUGGUGGAAUCAUGGCGCUGUCGUUUUUCCGUUGGGCAGAGAAGAGAAGAGGUUUUCAGCACAGUUCGGAAUGCUACAACUGUCUAAUCGAGUCACUGGGGAAAAUUAAGCAGUUCAAGAUGCUGUGGUUAUUGGUGGAUGAGAUGAAAUCGAAAGGCCUGCUGUGUGCAGACACAUUUGCCCUCAUUUCGCGCAGGCUGGCGAGGGCGAAGAGGGCAAGAGAGGCGGUAGAGGCGUUUGAGAAGAUGCAGAGCAAGUAUGGACUGAAGCCUGUGCUGCAGGAUUACAAUAGAUUGCUCGACACAUUAAGCAAAUCUAGGCAAGUGGAGAGGGCCCAAAUGGUGUUCGACCAAUGGAAAAACACGAGGUUUGUGCCCGACAUCAAAUCAUACACAAUCAUUUUGGAGGGGUGGGGUCAAGAACGCAACUUUCUACGGCUUGAUGAGGUUUUUCGUGAGAUGAAGGAGGACGGAUUUGAGCCUGAUGUUGUGACUUACGGGAUUCUGAUCAAUGCUUACUGCAAAGGAGGAAAGUAUGAUGAUGCUGUUAGAUUAUACAAUGAGAUGGAAGGGAAGAGUAUCAAGGCAACGCCUCAUAUAUAUUGUACCUUGAUAAACAGUUUGGGGUCCGUAAAGAGGCUAAACGAGGCUGUCUAUUUCUACGAGCUAUGCAAAGGCAGCAGCUAUGAUGUCGAGGCUCCUACUUACAAUGCUUUGGUGGGUGCUUAUUGCAAGUCAUGUAGGAUGCCUGAUGCUUAUAGGGUAGUGGAAGAGAUGCGUAGAUGUGGAGUCGGGCCUAACACGCGAACAUAUGAUAUAAUCCUUCAUCAUCUUAUAAAACUCCAGAGAAGGGGAGAGGCGUACAGUGUGUUUCAGAAGAUGAAAGGGGAGGUGGGGUGUGAGCCGAGUGUGAGCACGUAUGAGAUAAUGGUGAGGAUGUUCUGCAACGAUAGGCGCACGGAUAUGGCAAUGCAAGUGUGGGGACAGAUGAAGGCGAGGGGCGUGCUCCCGGGGAUGCACAUGUUUUCAACAUUGAUUGAUAGUUUGUGCAGUGAAAGGAAGAUAGAUUAUGCUUGCAGAUAUUUUCAUGAGAUGCUGGAAAUGGGCAUGCGGCCUCCAGAGCGCAUGUUUAAGCAGCUGAAACAGUUUCUUGUUAAAGAGGGGAAACAAGAUGUUGUCAUUAUGUUUGCUCACAAAAUUGAGAAGAUGAGGAGAUCCCCUUUUGUUGGUUGAUUUUGAUGUAUUGUAGACUCUCUCUUUUCGCCGCAUCCCAUGAUGAUUGCAGCUUUGAUUCGGAUCCAAUUUCUCAUCCUCCGAAAAUUAAUAGUUACAUGUAUCAACAUUUUACCUAAAUAAUAUACAAGCAACAUUCAUAAACAAAUGCAAUUAAAUUAAAUGCA